UGUCUUUUCCUAGAAUGUGGAGGAUCGCCUGAGCAGGCUGAAUCUGACCUGUGGGGCAGAAACCAGCAUCCUGAUCCUGAACUCAUGCCCCUGCCAAGCACAGCAACAUGUCAUCUAGACUGGAGUAGUUUAGUUCAAGCAGCCCAAGAAUAUGAGACACAAAGGAUGGCAACCCUUUUGUCAGAAAGGAGUCCUGUAUCAAGCAGACCAGACACACCUUCCCAUGGAACCUACCAGAUCCACCAAUCCAGCACCUAUUGUAGUGGAGAAGAUAUAGCCAGUGACGUAUUCAUUGACUUUCCUGACCAUCUCUCUCACCUGGAAGGGAUGCUUAGUCGACUGAGCAGUGAUCUGCUGAAGGAGAAGAGAGACAAGGUGGAUCUUCUGGCAGAGGUGUUGAAGCUACGCAUUAGCAACCAGCAUCUGAAAGAAGAGUCCCUCUGUGCAGUUGCACAACUACACAAAAUAAGCAAAAUUUUAAAUAAGACACCUGGAGGGAUGGAGUAAUGCAGGGUUGCAAGCAAAAAGACUACAAAUCGUGAUAUCGCCAGAUAUUCUUUCAUGUUUGCAUUUUCUGCACUGAUCUGGGAAGUCAAAAUCUGCUGUUCUGAACUCUUCUGUUGGCACAGGUCUCACACGAGUUUGAAAACCCAAACAAACUGAACUCAGUCAAGGUUUAUUAACAGCACAGUACAAACCAGAACAACUUUCAUAAGGUUGGUAACUCUCACGGGAAACGUAUCACAGCUCCUCUAUCUAUCUGAAUAAUUAGGUUAAGGCUAUAAAAAAGCUAUAAACCAGCUUAAUAUAAAACAUUAUAAUAAAUAUAUAAAUAUAUAUACAAAGACAAACACUUAACAAUUGCCAUAUAUUAUAAAUAAGUAAUAAAAUCAGAAUGUUUAAUCUAACAAUGUUAAGUCACAAUGAAAAAUGCUGAAAACAAUAUACAUAUAAAUAUGCUCUCUGAUGAUUAAAAACUGCAGAACAAUUAAAAAAUAUACUUAACACACAAUAAAUGAGUUCGUUUAAAAUCCCUGAGAUGCAAUUGUGUAAAAUCACAACAGUGAUUAACCUU